AUGUCCGCGACUUCCAUUUGUCGGGUUCUCCUCGCCGUUCUUCCAUCGGCGUUCGGGAUCCGUGUGGAGCCGGACACAGGCGGCACAGGGGGUGCGCCGAAGUGGAGUAGCACUUCCGCCGAGGAGCUCCAGCAGAUACUGCUGCAAGAGCUUAGCCCUCCUUCAGCUCUUCCUGGAGCAGCUUCUGUGCCCUUAGAAUGCACAAGGCAGGGAGAUGCCCCUGAGCCGCUGGAGACACCCCUGGCAGCAGCACACGAUGGCCGGCAGAAUGCAGAGUCCUUGAAGGAGUUGAUCGGAGGAGUCCGCCAGACCUGGGCGGAGGGGAGCGCAACCGGCUGCUUCCAGCAACUCGGGAAAAUGAUUGCCAACUUGACAACCACCUGCGAAGAGCGAAAGCCCCAAGAGAACUACAUGGACUACAUCUUCCAGCACUACACGCCACCGCUCUCAAAGAAAACCUGCAAGGACAGUGCGGACGACAUCUUUGUUCACGGCAGUGCCCUAGUGAAGGCCAUGCAAUACCCGAAGGACAGCGUAGCUACCCUGAAGCUGGACCGAGACACGUCGGCCAUGGUCCAGUCGCUGUACUUCCUAAGAGCCUGGUUGACUCCGCUUGCUCGAACUCAGAACUCUGCCCUGCUUUGGGCAGGUUUCUGGGACGCCGACCCAAAGAAACGUGCCACGAUGGAGGCAUUGCACGACUUUGCGAUGGCCACCGACCAUUCAACCGUGCAUCCGGACAGCUGGCUGGGGCAGGUCAUUGACAGCAGUGACGACCUGGUAGACUGCUACAAAGACGAGACGCUCCAGCUGCUGCUGAACAUGUGGGACAUGGUGAGCAUGAGCUUCGUGCUCGGCAUGAUGGAAAGGGGACAAGGUACCGUCGUCGCGCUGGUGAAUAAAGGCAUGGAGGGCGAGCGGCCGCUUCAAAAGGCAGUCCUCUACGAACACGAGAUUCCGACACUGGGAGUGGCUGCUUAUGGACUUGGGUACUGGUCGCCUCAGGUUCUCGUCAUCGACUUGCAGGGUACCUGCUCCCGAACCAGUCCAGCACUCCAACGGCAGCUCGCGUCUCGCUUGGGCGCGUGGGCGAGAUCCAAACAGAAGAAGUGCUGGCGCUUGCAAGACUUCGUGCAGAGAUCCCGGCUCCGCUGGCGAUGCCUCGACUGUAGUUCUGCGAGCUGCAGCUUGGACACUGCCUUGGCCAAGCAGGUGAGAGAGCUCGUAGAGGAGAAGCAGCAGAAGGACGAGAAGGGCCGAGAGCUCUUGGAAGCAGUGGCAGACACGAGCCAGAGCGAGGCAGACAGAGAAUCGGAGACUGAGUACUCCGAAGCGAAGCGCAUGUUGGGGGAGUUGUUGUCUCGUGUACAACGGAUGAAAGGCCUCGAGGCUGCGGCCGUCAAGGUGGGGACAGACCUCACCCACAUGAUCUUGGAGAGAAGCCCGACCACUCACCAUGACAGGGAGGUCUCGGUGACUCAGGUUCGGGUUCUGCUCGAUGGGAAGGCGGAUCCCAACAUGGCAGACCGACGCGGCUCCACAGUCCUGGACAAAGCUGCCGAGAGCCGGCACAUGGAGGUGGCGGCGCUGCUCCUGGAGCAUCGCGCAGAGCUUAAUCCACACAGAGACGACGGCUGCACGCCCCUCCACACGGCUGCAGUUAAAGAUAGCCCUCCGAUUGCGAGGCUGCUCCUUGAGCACAAGGCAGAGGUGGAUCCGAACGAUGACGGAGGUAAAACGCCCCUGGACCUUGCUGCCAACUUUGGUCGCUCGGAGGUGGCGCAGUUGCUAUUGGAGCACAGGGCCAACCUGAAUCGACGCGACGCGAACGGCAACACGCCCCUCCAUCAGGUUGCCCGGAAAGGCGACCCCGGGAUGGCGACCCUGCUCCUGGAUCACAGGGCUGAGGCGAGUCUGAAGGACGUGAAUGGUGCCACCCCACUCCACUUGGCUGUGGUGAAGGAUCAUUCGGAGCUGGUGAGGCUUCUCCUUGAGCACAAGGCAAAGGUGAAUGCCCAGAUUCCAGAAGGUCGAACACCCUUGCACCUUGCUGCCGUGCACGGUCGCUCGGAAGCGACGGCACUACUCCUCAAUCACGCGGCUUCGGUGAAUGCCCGAGAUGAGAGCAACUGGACGCCUCUCCACUGGGCUGCGCAACGAGGUCAUUCGCAAGUGGCCGAGCUGCUCUUAGACCACAAGGCUGACGUGAGUCCUCAUGACAAAUCCUGGGGGAUGAUCACGCCCCUCACUGCGGGGCUGCUCGCAGGGAAGGUCAAGGAUCACCUGCCGCAGGCUUUCGACGUUUCGCGUUUGGGCAAGGUCGCUGACGAGGAUGACGAGGAUGGUCCUCCUGAGGAGGUCACCACCGGCCUGGGCACAAAUCCAGCGCAGGAGGAUCCAGAAGUGGAGGAGACGGCGGCAGAUUCCCUGCCCAGCAAGGAAAGUGUCGCGGUUGGCAAAGCCAGAAGACGUAAGAAGCAAGGUGAUGGCACCAAGCAGUUGAACUUGUGGCAAGAUCCUGAAAACCAGGAGCUUCUUCAAGCUUUGAAGAUCGAAGACCAAGAAAAGCGAAAGCGACAUGCUGGUACGACCCAGAUGGAGAAACAUGGUGUCACUCUGCGAAGCGACGCUGCUCAGGCGCAUGACCGCGGCGGACAUGCAGCAGACUUCUUGCAGAAGGAGCUGUUUGGCAACCGAAAGCGCAAGCGGAAUGUGGCAGAUCGCUACGACCGCAAUGUGCUCGCUGGAUGCAGCCACUGCCACAGACGCUAUACAUACUAUACUAUACCAUACUCUGUUAUGCUAUGCUAUAUUAUACUGUACUACAUCAUGGAAGAACUUGGGAGUUUCAGAAAAGUGCGGGGCCGCAAGAAGCCCAAUCCACACUGUUGA